AAUUUGCUGAAUAUUAUACAUUUAAUCAUGAAAAAAUUGAAUAAUACCUUGAUUCAAUAGCAAAUAACAUUUCUUCGAGUAUUUCUCACCCAGUAUCACAUAUCUUAAUUUUUAUAUUGCUUAAAGUUGUGUAGAAGAUUUCAAAACUUUCUACACUUUGCCGUGCUGAAAUUCGAGAUUCAACUUUUUUUAAUGGCAAGAGAGGGUUUUACAGUGGUCUAUAGUUGAUGACCUGCGACAUUUGUCUUUGUAUAACUUAGGGGCCAUUCACUAAUGCCGUAAGUCGUAAUAGAGAAAGUUCUUAUUCAGUUCGCAUAAUAUAAUAAAUGCAUCCUGUUAUAUAAGACAUAUUAUAAUGGAGAUGGGAUGAAUAAAAUAUUUUAUUUUUCUCACGUAGUUUCUAAACGCCCCAUAACAUGGAAGUACUUCCAUAGAAAAAUACACAAUUGAUAUGCACCUUUGUUUAGUUUGGUCUGAUCAUUUAUCUCGUUUGGUGCAGAUUUUAUUUCAAAAUGAAAAGUGAUAGUGAAGUGGAUGCAGAUUAUUCGGACGAAGAAUUGUCAAAAAACGACGUAUUAAGGCGUUUCAUAGAAACAUAUGAAUCGCUUCCAGAGUUGUGGAAUGGCACUCACGCUGCAUACACGAAUAAGACGCGACGAAAUGCAGCACUGGAUAAAUUAAUUCCCAUUUUUUCGGCAAUCAAACCGGGAGCAAAACGAGAAGAUGUAAGGAAAAAAAUUAACAGUCUGCGAACGAAUUUCCGGAAGGAUUUAAAGAAGAUAGUCGCCUCAAAGCGAUCGGGAGCAGGUGCUGGUGAUGUCUAUUGCCCCAGCUCAUGGACCUUUGAGGCCCUGAAAUUCCUUGAAGGAAAUGAGCAACCAGUUCCGGUUCAAAAACUAAAAACCAUGAAAAAUAACUACGAUAGUGAAUUGGAAAAUCCUUCGACUUCGGGUACAGUUUUACAACCUCAAAAGAUAUCCAAAAGCUCAAUCGAUAACAUAUCCGCCCCAGUGAAAAGGCAACGACAAGCAGGUACCGCAAACCGACAAAACGAGCUGCUUGAACUAGCAUGCCACUAUCUAAGUAGCGAGCAACCUGCUACACAAGCAGAGAUACCCGCCAUCGCUAGGGCCUGGGGCGAAAAACUGUUAACCCUUGAUGGAACCCAAAGAAUUUUUGCAGAAAAGGCUAUAAAUGACAUUUUAUUCGAAGCUAGCUUGGGAAACUUACGCAGAGAUGCUUCGAGUUCGAAACAUUCAUUUGUCUAUGCAAAACCGGACUUUGUGCAAGUGAGUAGUGUUAGCAGUUUUUAACAUUCUCUACAGCAAUUAUACGCUUUAUAAUGUAUUAAUUCCAAUGCAUUAUAAUCUAUAUAUUUAGCAGGAUUUGAUAUAUUCAUCUCCUUAUCGAUCUCCGAGAAUACAUUCUCCGAUAAACCACCAGAACAUUCAGAAGUUUGAUGUCGAUGAGGUUGUCGAUAGUGCCUUCUAUGGCGCCGAUUCAAACUCACUUUUUACGGCUGGACCAAGCAAUCGAGAAUCGGACAUGGUGUUGAACACUUCAGAAACAAACGCUUCCUCUGGAUUCAAAACCGAGGCAGGGAAUUCUGAAAAAGUAAUGAUCAUAAGUAGUAAGUAGCCAAGCAAUUUAUUAUCUAUUUUUACUUCAUAGAUUCAAAAAACUUCCUCAAAAGUUCUCGUUGUUGAAGUUGCGAAUACGAUGCAAAACAUCACCAAUAAUGAUAAUGCAGAAACCGCUGCAUUCAAUGAAGCUGAGAUGGAGUCUGCUUCUGUGAACGAUGCUCAGAUCAUGGACAUUGCUGAUGGACAGUAUGCUGGGGAAGUUUAUGAAAUUAUUGAACCGAAUAACUCGUAUCCAACUACACAUGUCAUACCGACGGAAACCAUUGAAGAAAAUGCCCAGUACAUAUAUUACAUUACACAAGUUCCAUCAACCCUGGAACCUCCAGCUGAGCCACUUCAAUAUGACGUCAUUUCAAACGUAGAAUCGAUCCCUGAGACUGACUUAGCCGAAACCAUGGACACUGCAAAUAAUGCAAUCUUAGAAAAGUCGUUAACUACCUAUUUCAAAACCUUCACGAGUAAUUGAUGUUUUUUUUUAUUAAUUUAUGUUCGCAUUCAUGUGUGUCUAUCCUAAAUAUUAAGAUAUUCGUCAUAUUUGUAACCGAGUUUGUAACACUAAACCGUAAAAUUUGAAUUCGCCCUUAAAGUUGUAUGUUACUAUUCGAUGUUUUUGUUUACGUAAUUUUAUUUAAUAACAGCGUGUGGAUGGAUACUGAGAAGUACGACUUGUGUUUACACUUUCACCGUAAAUCUGAUUACACCAGAUUAAGAUAUACAAAUGUAUGAAGCCCGAAUACUUCACUAUUUUGAGGAAGGCUACUAUCACUUAAAUAAAUUUAUUAAUCAGUCAAAAACUUAAAACCAUAUCUUGUCAGAUUAUCGCACCAGAAUACGGUUUCCCAUUAUUUUAGGUUUCAUUGAAGUGCGAUUUAUGAUUUGUUUAUACACAUCCAAACUACUUUUGCAAUCUCUAAUAUUUACGAACCAAUGCACGAGCUUAUCACGGUACCACCGUAAAUACCACGAAAAUAAACUCGUUUCGAUGGUCACACGGCACCUCUCAAAAGUCAAAUGGGUGAACACGCAGAAGUCGGUCCACUCAAUAAUGAGCAAGAUCUACUCAAAUUUAUAUUCAUCCCAUGGCACUCCUAAAGUGAGCAAGGGGGGCCUUACUCAUUUUUGAGCAAGUGCUUGAGAGCCAAAGCAGCAUGAGUAAGCUUCACACAUUGAAGCGUUUCGUCACCAUUCCGGAAGAAUGAGUAACUGUUACACAUAAAUGCGAAUGCUUCGCUUGCUCUGAAAAUGUGUGAUAGUUACUCAUUUUGAUGAAAUUUAUUAUUUU